AUGGAAAUCCCAACUAUAAAUUAAUUAGAUUUAAGUAUUGAUUAAUAGCAUAUAAAUUAAAGUCAACCUUAGAGUAAUAAAAAUUUAAGAGUUAAACAUACUAAUGUAAGUAUAGGUUCUAUUUUAUUUAAACAAUUCAAUAUUUGUAGUGUUACAUUCCCAUUGUCAAUUGUGCUUCUGCUCUACUUUUGGAUUUUGUAUAUCUACCAAUAAGUUAAUGAUAUACUAUUUAGUUGUGUACUCUACAGCUGUGGUGCCAAAUUUCGGCCAGAUAUUUAACACAGAAGUUAAUUUUAUCGGAUGUUAAUCUCAAUACCUCAAUUCGGAGGAAUCAGUCACAUUAUCAUAGGGUUCAUUACUAUUUAAAUGUAUGGAUAUAUUUCAGAAUCAAAGUAUGGGAAAUUGAAGUACAGCUUUAUCUUGUUUUUGGCAGGCUACUCAAGCAAUUUGAUGAGCUCUCUUAUUUAUCCUUAUAGUUUAACUGUAGGAAGUUAUGGAAUAGUUUUUGGAGUCCUUACACUCUAUGGUUUUAUAAUAAUAUAAUAGAAAUAAUUGGGAUAAUACAAAAAAUUGAUUAUAGGCAUAUACUUCUUAGUAUUUUGUAUCAAUUUUGUUCCCAUUAUUUCAAUUAAUCAAAUUGACAUUGCAUGUAUUUUUGGGAGUAUCCUUUCUACACUUUUGAUGGGAAUUUUCUUUCAAAAAUUUGAUUUUCAUCUAGGAUAUAUUAUCUCUUAUGCUGCUUUAACUUUGUUACUAAUUUACUUGAUCAUUGGUACUACUUUGCUAUUCACAAUGGAAGUUGACGAUAUAUAAAUAAGUAGGUUUUGUUGA